AUGAAUGACUCCCGUGUGCAGGUUGGGGUAAAGAAACUCCCUAUGCACCUACAAAGUUCCCAAAAUCGUUUGCUCAUUAAAGGAGGAAAAGUAGUCAAUGAUGAUCGUAUGUUUACUGCUGAUAUAUAUAUUGAAGAUGGGGUUAUUAGACAAGUAGGUAAUCAGCUUUCGAUUCCAGGGGGAGUCAGAAUCAUUGAUGCAUCAGGAAAGAUGGUCAUCCCAGGUGGUGUUGAUCCUCAUACAUGCUUUGACUCCUCUUGUUUUGGUUUGAAUACAUCAGAUGAUUUUUAUUCUGGCACGAGAGCAGCACUUGCUGGUGGAACUACUACAAUAAUCAAUUGUAUUGUACCUACAAAAAUUUCACUUUUGGAUAUGUAUGAAAAGUCCCGUCAAACAGCAGAUUCCAAAGCAUGUUGUGACUAUGCGAUGCACUUUAUCUUAUCCCAGUUCGACCCCAAAAUAUCCAAGGAAAUGGAACUACUAGUCAAAGAAAAGGGAGUGAAUUCUUUUAGGGUUUUUUUGUCAAAUACAAACGACAUGUUAGUAGACGACGGUGAUUUCUUCGAAAUCGCUAAGCGGUGUAGAGAUCUUGGUGCUGUUCUCCAAGUUCAUGCAGAGAAUGGAAAAUUAGUUAGGAUACUAGAGUCGAAAAUAUACAAUGACGGUAUUACUGGCCCAGAGGGUUACUUGUAUUCACACCCAGAAAUGGCGGAGAUUGAAGCUACACAUCGAGCGCUUUCUUUAGCUGAUGCUGCUGGUUGUCCUCUAUAUAUUCUGCAAGUCACUAGUCCGAAAGCAGCAGAUCAAAUAUCAGAAGCUCGUUGGAAUGGAAGUGUUGUUGUAGGUGAAACAUUAGCCGCUGCACUGGGUGCUGAUGGUACUCAUUAUAAGAAUAGUUGCUGGCGUCAUGCUGCGGGAUAUGUUCUGUCUCCUCCACUAAGAGUUAAUCGGAAUACUUCAGAUAAGUUGGUGCGUUACGUCUCCACUGGGGUUCUAGAAUGUACUGCUAGUGGCCAUUGUGCUUUUAAAACUGAACAGAAAGCUUUGGGAAAGGACGAUUUUCGAAAAAUCCCUCCUGGAGUCAAUGGAGUAGAAGAUCGAAUGUCAGUUGUUUGGGAGAAAGGAGUGAUGUCUGGUUUUAUAGACCCAUGCAAGUUUGUUGCUGUGACUAGUACGAAUGCCGCUAAAGUCUUUAAUCUCUAUCCACAAAAGGGAAGGAUCGAUGUUGGAAGUGAUGCUGAUUUGGUUAUCUGGGAUGGUGAUGCAACUCGCACAAUAUCAGCAAAAAAUAACCACGAAAAUGUUGACUUCAACAUAUUUGAAGGUCUCCAGUGCCAUGGCGUACCUGUAGUCGUGGUCGCUGCUGGUCGGGUUGUUCUGGAGGACGGAGAACUUAGAGUAACUCAGGGUGCAGGUCGUUUUGUACCGGCUUUACCGUUUUCACCGUAUAUUUUUGAGCGAACAAAAAGACUGGUGCUGAUGCGUUCAGUCAAACCUAUAAUUCGUGAUUCGUAUACUGGUCCUGUGUCCACAGAAUUCACUAUUCCAAUGAAAGAUUCCAUCGUCAAUAAUGGUACAGAAAAAGUCUCAGUGGGGUCUGAUGCUGAUGGCUUGCGCCCUCGUUCACCUACACGUUCGGGUGGUCGGAAUAUGCAGGAAUCCAGUUUCUCUCUGAGUGGCGCUCAGUACGACGACAGUCGUCCGAUUCGCACGGGGAUUCGAACCAAACAACCUCCGGGUGGGGCGUCAAACGCCUUAUGGUAG